CCCAUCCACGUGUUGAAGCCGCAAGUGCCGCGGGUGUCGGGCUCGCGGGACAUUUUCUUUUGUUCACGGGGGGCGAAGCGCAGCGAGUAGGCAAUCCUAUUAGCGAGCUGGUGGCGAAGGAUUGGAGAAGCAGCAGCGGCAAGCGCACCGUUCGUUCGUAGCCUUGAUGCCUCAAGUGCAGUGUUGACUGGGCCGUCGAAAGGGUACUACAUACACUACGGGAGGACCACAGAGGACCCAAAGGACCACUCCUGAGCCUAUCGCCUAUCGGCUGGCCCGGGCUUGUUUCCCUGCAUGUUUGGCGCUCCUCGAGGGAAGUACGUGUACGUGUACGUACACUAGUGUACAGUCAAAGCAGUGGGGCGACCGUCCGUGGCUGGCGACCGUCCAGCCUUUUUCCUUGGUAAGGCAUCUUCUUCUCAUGUCAGCUGACGACACAGUUCCUCCAGGGAUGUCCCCUCCGUCCCGGCACGUCACGCAGACCUGGCAGAAAAAAUAACAGCUGUAAAACAAUGAACUUGCUGCAAAGUCUUUUUUCUGACGCCACUAAAAGAACAAAGAGAAGUGAUCUUUGACUCCUCUACUGCGUACCUCUGCGUAGUUCUCUUCGUAUCGGAUCCAAGUAACGUCAAGAACACUGCGGGGAUCAUGAGUAUCUUCAGCAAAUACCAAACGAUAGAUGCAACAUGUAUGGAUUAUGUGCAUCCUUGGACGCAAUCUUGUGCCGAUGGAUCAUGCUCUCUCUUUUUUCACGCCGUUCAACAUUCUGGCCGCCUGUACUUCACAGUAUACAUGUUAAGUUUACUGAUGCACAGGCGCAUCCCUAGUGCCCAGAAACUUAAGAAUACGUUCCUUGGAAUAUUGCAAUCUACUGCAUUUUUAACGGCAAAUGCAUUUGGUUAUUCUCUUUCACUAUGUUUCCUCAGGGCUAUUAUGGGCAAUUUCAACUUUAUGACAAUUUCAUAUGUGCCAUCUUUCAUGGCAAGUUUAGUAGCAAUUCUUGUGGAAAGACCGUCCCGACGAAGUCUUCUUACUUUGUAUGUCACCAACGUGGCAUCAGAAACUUUGUUUCGUAUGGCAGUAUGGAGAAAAAUGGUAAAACCUAUUCCAUAUGGUGAUGUUAUGUUAUUUGCUACAUCCAUUGCUAGUGUCUUAUAUAUGUAUCGAAAGGGGCACAAUAGCAAAGAUGCCAUUUUCUCAAUGCUGAGGGUUGUAAUUGGACCUUAUGAAGAACAUGGCAGUGCCAGUGUUGAUCCUCCUGCUAGUUCCGCCAAUCGACCGAGCAAGGCAAAAGGUCCUCUUUUUGAAUGUCUGGAGUCAUUCUUAGCACCCUAUUAUAAACUUAUGAAGAGUUUUAAGAGACAUGAAACAUGUCCUCACCCUUCUUCAUGUGUGGGAUAUACAAUGAAAGGUGGUUUGAAAAUGUUUGCUGUUGGUUAUGGUCUUCAAUUUUGUAUGCGAGUUCUCCUUCGAGCGAAAAGAUUGAUGAAAAAUCCAUCACAAAUCCCAGGAAUGUUAAUUGACAGGAAAAUGUUAAGUCUUGGCUUAUUCCUUGGUGGUUUCCCAGCCAUUUUCCGAUCUGUCUCUUGUGCCUUACGAUGGAUUCGAAAUAAAGAUUCGCCUUCCCAUGCUACUCUUGCUGGGUUCUUAGCUGGAUUAGCAUUUGUUAGUUAUCGUGAUAAUUCAGUUGCCCUGUAUGCCUUCUGGAAACUGAUGGAGGUAUUGUACACACGAGCUGUGGCUCAAGGGCAACUACCCGAGUUACCUGGAGCAGGUGUACUUCUGUACUGUUCAGCAACUGCACUCCUAUUCCACGCUGCCAUCUGGGAGCCUCAAAACUUAAGACCAUCCUAUUGGGACUUCCUUCAAGGAAUAUCAGGGGGCAGAGUAUCCUGCAUGUCCCGUGAUGUUCUUGAAUGUUUUGGUUUGGAGUCAAAGAAAAACCUAGAACUUCUUCUUCUCAAAAACAGGACAGAUAUCACCAAGUUCAAGUUCUAAGAUCUUUGCUGAACAAACCAGGCAGCCAGGUAAAUUUUUUGGUCCUCAUCUGUGGUGCCCCUUAUUGUUUAUGUUUGAUGAAGAAGCUUACAGCUUUUUUUAAUUUGUAUACUAUAAAUGGUGCGGUAUCAUUGGGAGUCUUCUGGGUUGUAUGAAUCUAUUUUUUUUAAAUAAUUGAGUUGAAUAUUCUAGAAGAUUAUAUUAUAUUUACAGGGUACCAAUAGCUGAAUGUUACUGCACUCAUCCUUUCACUGAUAUUUUAUGUUGUUUAUAAAGUUGAUGAAUGGUGUCCUAGAGGUUGACAUGUUCUGAGUGAUACAGUAUAUCAUGUAUGUGCUGUACAUGCAAAUGUUAAUAUGCAGAUUUUAAUUAAUUGCACACCUGUACCAGAAAAGAAACAUGCAAUGCAAUAGCUUUCUGACUGUAGGAUUGCUUCAGUCUUUAAUUGUGAAAUAAAGUUCUAUUAUUUAGGAGGUUUUCAGACUAAUGUGCGCGUGGGCUGUGAAUAUUGUUGAAAUGAAAGAGAUACAUUUUUGAAAUGGAUUGACAGUCAUGUCUGGCAAAGUGAUUUGGUUCAUGAUACCCAAAGUGUCAGUCUAAUGAUGUUUUUUUUUUCUUCUUUUUAUUUUUAUUUGCAAAGUCAUGCCUCCUAUUUUGUAAAUUUAGAACAACUGUGGUAUGUAUUGAAUGUGAGGGUUAACAUUGAAAUUACUAAGUAAGAACUGUGAUCACAGAGUGUUACCACUCAAGUUUGGUUGUACCCCAAAUUGUAUCCUUUUCAUCUAAUUUAAGAAUAUUACUAGAUUGUUAUCUAAGCUUUGUUCGGAAGUACUCAUUUCCAGGAAAGACUGAUGCCACAUCUUUGGUUGAACAAUAAUUUUACUUUUGCAGCAAUGCAAUCUCUUGCCCUCAUUUUUUGAAGAGACUCUUUAAAUCAAAAUUGUACAGGUCGUUUCAUAGGCCUCACAUACUGUUUUCGUUCUACUAUAUUGCAUGCUUGCUGGUUGGUUUGCUCACCCUUUUGCUCACCAUGAUGCCUUAUGGGGUAUGGUUGAGUUGACUAUGCUCAAUGAUGAGAGCAGGUAGGCUAGCACGUUCCUACGCCUGUAUGCGGCACAGUAAAACCCAAACAAUCGACAGGGAUUUUGGAACACCCUGUGUGUAGCAAGUUUUUCUUCUCUGCUCUUUUUAUUUAUUUUAUUGUAUUUUCAAAGCCGGAAAUUGUUUAAAACUGCUUUUUGGAAAUUUUUCAACUGUUUCUAGCAACCUUUGCGUAAAAUUUCAGCCCAAAAGAUUUUUAAAAUUUAUUUAUAGGUCAUAUUUUUUACCUGAUUGCUAGAAAGUGUUUUGUCUUCACAGAGUAGAGCUGUUAAAGGAGAACAUUUACUCGUUUCUCUUGAGUGCAUUGAGUCAUUGUAUUGCUACUUGUAGCAAAAUUGUUCCAUUCUGCAACAUUGCUUUAGUCCAGUUGAGAUUCAUUAAGCUCCUACUGCCCAUUACCCUGAAAAUAUUUUCAUUUCCAUAUUAAACCACGCAAAUAAUUGUCAUUUUAUGAUGUGACCUAAACUGACCGAUUUACUGUGAUAAUAAAUGUUAAAUGUUAUGCUUGUA